UGGUCUCGUCGCCGUACAUUCAUUAGUGUCUGUGCCGCCGGGAGCUUGGAGGAGUCUCGCAGGGGGAGGGGAGGCUGCUUUGCUGGGCUCGGUGCUGCUGCUGGUUGAUCCAGCCUGCCGCUCCCGGGCUGUGAGUGCAGGAGAGCCCUCCCCUCCCUCCUCGCCUCCAGCUCCCCGCUUGCAGAUCCCCUUUCAAUCCACUCCACCCCACCAUUCCCAUCCCCGGAUCCGGACACAUGGAACUGCUGUGCUUGGAGGUGGUGAUUCGGGCGAAGCGGGAUCCGCAGUUGUUAAAAGACCGGCGGGUCCUGCAGAAUCUGCUCAGCCAGGAAGAGCGCUACAGCCCCAGGGUCUCCUAUUUCCAGUGCGUGCAGAAGGAGAUCCAGCCCUACAUGCGGAAGAUGUUGGCUUUUUGGAUGUUGGAGGUUUGUGAGGAGCAGAAAUGUGAAGAAGAGGUUUUCCCCUUAGCCAUGAAUUAUGUGGAUCGCUACCUGUCCUGUGUCCCCACCCGCAAAAACCACUUGCAGCUUCUGGGGGCUGUCUGUAUGCUCCUGGCCUCCAAGGUGCGAGAGACCAUGCCUUUAACUGUGGAGAAACUCUGCAUUUAUACAGACAAUUCCAUCGCACCACGAGAAGUUUUGGACUGGGAGUUUUUAGUCCUAGAGAAGCUAAAAUGGGACCUAGUGUCGGUGAUAGCAAAUGACUUCCUGGAUCAAAUUCUCCAGCGGCUCCCACUUCCUCAGCAUAAGAUGGACUUGGUGAAAAAACAUGCACAGACAUUCAUUGCACUGUGCGCUACAGAUUACACAUUUGCGAUGUAUCCCCCAUCCAUGAUUGCUACUAGUAGCAUUGGAGCGGCAGUCCAUGGCCUCUCUACCUCAUCUGAUGAUUUUUCUGGCGAGAAACAUACGGAGCUGCUUGCUAGAAUUACUGGCACAGAGGUGGACUGCCUGAAAGCUUGUCAGGAACAGAUUGAAGCAGCCUUGGCAGAGAACCUGAAGCAGACCUCUCAGCCUCAGCAAGAAUACAGCUGUAAGAUUGCAGUUUACCCAGAUAGCCAGGAAUUCAGCAUGACCUGUACACCUACGGAUGUCACAGACAUCAACCUGUGACCAACCCCUCCCUCCAACCACCCAGCUUCCAGCAAGUAGAACUUUACACAGGAAAAGAAGAAGCCUCCCAGAAUAUUCUGCUUGUGCCUGUUAUCACUCAUAAUAAAGGAGUGGAAGAAGAUUACCUUGUGAGCAUAACCUUUGUAAUAAGACUGCAUUGGAUUUUGGUCUUGGAGGAAUUGGGUGGAACUCAAAAAGGGAAUAGGCCUCUUGCAGUUGGACUUUUUCUGUCUUGCUAGCCUGGUUUUCCUAUGAUUGGGGGAGUGUCCUGUGGUGGUUGAACCACACUUGAGCUUGGGAGGAAUGGGUGAGUUUAGCGUCAGUUCAAAAGUUCUUCAGUUUGGUUUUGCUUCCUUGGAGGACGCGCUGCUAUCACUGCUGUUUUGUCCCAAUCUUUGCUGCAUGCCUGUUGCAUGUGUGUCAAGAGAAGAAACGCACUUUCGUUACAUAAACCACCUUCACCUUACAUGAAGAAGUUUGACAUGUACCUGAGACCUCCUUGGCUGAAACUGCUUUGCUCAUGCUGCCAUGUAUGGGCACCUGGUAGAGAAACCAAGCUAUAUACACAUGUAGCUCUGGAAUCCCCUGCCAGCUUUAUUCAAGACCGAGGAAGUCUUAGUUCUCCUUGGAAGAUUAAUAGUAGCACAAUCCUGUAGCCCUCCAGUCUUUUAGCCCUUCGGGGAAAAUGAGUGGGUUUUGGCUCACUUUUUGUAGGUGCUUGUAAAGUGCUGUGUGCCGUAUGAAAGCUUGAGGGGUAGUGGGAAAGAAAUAUGUUCACAAAAGGCCCAAGGGGAAAAUUUCUACUUGCUGCACCGAGUUGCCUUUUCUUACUCCGGUGAGAUCCAUGAGCUACUUUAUUUAUUGUGAGGACUAAACCUUACAAAACUGCAAAGCAAGAUCAGAAGCUCAGUAGAGUAUGCUGUCCUGAUCCAUCUCUUUUGCCAUGCAAAAAUAGUGCCUUAUGGUCUUCCUUGUUCUCCUUCAUACCUGUCUGGGCUGCUUAAUUUUGAGUGUGUCAAGGUCAUUCCCAAUCAGUGUACACCCAACAAGUGCUGCUAUAUGUGUAUGUGCAAAUCCCUCGUCUUCACUGCCAAAAUAAAGUUUAACAAGUGCAGGACAGCUUCAUGCAAAGGAUGGAUGAUGGAGAAGGAGGAAGUCCAACUAUCCAGCUUAUCGCCUGCUUUUUAUAAGGGGGUAAAAGAUGUCUCUCUUUCCCCUAAGAGUUUACAAUAUAAUGAGCUGCAGACUGCACUGGAGUCAAGAGUUGUAUUCUUGUGUUUUGUUCAGGAAAAUGUGUUUUUCUUAAAUGCUGCUUUUAUAAGAGAUCACCUUCAAAAAACCUUUGGUGUGGGUGAACUGUAGGGAUGGGAGCAAACUUUGCUUUUUGAAUUCUAGUGGUAUUUCAUUCUUCAACCCUCCAGCUGGAAAAGAAACAUGAACUGAUGCUACCUAAAACACCACUAGAGACCAUCACCUUUGCCAACAAGAAAAAAGCUUUUCGCUCUCCUUUUUUUGCCUUUUCUUUUCCCUCAUUGUGCUUAAACUGAUUAGUUAUAAUUAAAGUACCAUCAGCAUUUCUGAUAAAUGAGAUGUCACUAUCUGUUAGAUUAAGUUUGGAGAUGAGGGGAAUGCAUUUUAUAUACUUGCAUAUAUAUUAGAGCUUUAAAUAAAGUUUGUCGAUAUGAUAUUCACCAUCACUUGAAAUCCUAUUGUUAGGAAAAAUCUGGUAUUUUACAAUAUUGCAAUAAAAUAUUUUUAAAAACUGGCA